AUUCUCUGUAUACCAGUGUAGCACACAAAAUGAACGCGCUUCUUCUUGGUGUCGUGGUUCUCAUCUCUAAUUUCAUUCCCAUGGGAAUGCCUCAAACGGUCCCUCCCAGUAAAUGUGUGAUGCAAGGAUUAUUUCCAAUCGACGAUGGAACGUGUCAAAACUACUACAUGUGCAUUUUUGACGGUGCCAAAUUUGCUCCAUAUGGCCUAAAGUGUGCAGGAACGACCUUAUUUGAUCCUUCGCUGAAGUACUGCACUUCGGAUUACUUUUGCACGCAAAUUACAUCGUCGUCGUCUGCGUCGACUUCAGCGCCGACAUCACCAUCGGGGUCAUCUUCACCAUCGUCGUCGUCUGCGUCGACUUCAGCGCCGACAUCGCCAUCGGGGUCAUCUUCACCAUCGUCAUCGUCUGCGUCGACUUCAGCGCUGACAUCGCCAUCGGGGUCAUCUUCACCAUCGUCGUCGUCUGCGUCGACUUCAACGCCGACAUCACCGUCGGCGACAUCUUCAACAUCGUCGUCUACGACAACUUCAAAGCCCACAACCGCACUUCCGUGCAAUGGUAGAUAUCCGCUGCCAGACACCAAAUGUCAAAAGUAUUAUUUCUGUUUCACGAAUGGUGUAACAACUACCAGAUAUAAUCUCACAUGCCCAAAUAGUUUACUAUUUAACCCAGAUAAACAAAAGUGUGUACUGCCUACAGCUUACUCUUGUCCACCAGUUGUAUGAAUUGUAACGAGAAACAACAGUAGUGAGUAAUGACUAACGAUAAUUUGUGAUUCAAGUAGAUCAGGAAUUUUUCUUAAAUUUUGUCUUCUAAUACGUUCUUACAUUGUGUUUGUUACUUUGUUACUGGUAUUUAAGGGUAUCGAAAUGUUUGAAUUAGAAAAUUGUUCUUGCAUUAAAUGGGUAAUUAAAAUGCAGCA